AUUUGACGACACAACGGAAAUGCAAAUCGACAUUUCUGUUGACCAACCGAACAAUUAUAUCAAAUCUUUAGAACGGUGGCCUCAGGUGCGACCUUCAUACGUCCCCGAGUGGCUUCCACCAUUUCCGACGAUCAUAUCUCAUAAAGAGGAUCAUGAAAAAGGUGAUGAACACGAGGCAAAUGACAAAAAACCAGAACCCGCAGUUGAUAAUGCGGAGAGUGUGAUUGUCGAAAAUAUUACGGGGAUUAAUUCAGAGAUGAAAGGUGCCUCGGCAAAUUCAUUGGUCAACACGCCUCACGACAGAAAUGUGAAAACAAGUCGUCGUAUAAAGCGUUCCCCAGAUCAGCGCCCACCGACCUAUGAUCAAUUUACGAAUAUAUAUAAAUCAAUCACCUCGAACAAACAAACUAUGAAAGAUCUAGAAACGGAAACAACGAAAGAUGAAAAAAAAAAGAAGCGCAAGUUGAAAGUUUCAACAUUAUCAUUGUUUCCAUCGCAUCAUGCCUUCGAGACGAAAUUUGAUGGGUGUGAUGGAAUCAUUUCUCCUGAAACACCUAAUUCAUUGCCAUUCUUUAAAGACAUUCCAAGAAAAAUUCCGAUCUUCGCAUAUCCGCCUCCCAAACCUAGCAAGAGUGUGGAAUCAAAAGUACCAUCGCAGACGGUAUCCGCUUCUUCAGACUCGAAACUUGAAGAAAAAUUUUCAGCAUCACGAAAAGGAAAGGAAAAAGAAAAAAUGAUUAUAUUCACUCCUGACAAUUUUGAAGCCCCCACGCCUCAACCCCUUCCAUCAAAGUCUCAAACUCCUGUUCAACGAGAUACAAAGAGUAAAACAAAAAAAGCGUAUACUCCUGUAUCUUCGGAAAAACCUAUUCAAAAACCUAGGAAGGGUUCGCAAGCUGGCACGACGGUGCUUAAAUUACGCGUAGGAACUUCAACUGCUUCAGCUAUUUCUUCUACCCCGUCAGUACAAACAGAAUUAGUUGUUAAUAAUGACACUGCAGAUCCGCCUGAAAUCAUUAACUGCAUUUGUCCAUAUCCUCUUUCAGAGAUUGACGAUGGAAAUUUCAUGCUAUCAUGCGACAAUUGUCAAGUUUGGUUUCACGGAAUAUGUACAGGAUUUGGUCCUACACCCGUAGAAGUAAAUACGUGGUAUUGUGAACGAUGUAUAGAAAAAG